AUGCCUCCGCCAGCUAACAACGGAGAGUCGAAUUCAACUCCAAGUUCAAAUCCCUAUCGCAGAUCAGGCAGAGGACACGGUUUCAAGAAAUUCGAUAAUUUAGACUUACCAGGCGGACUUGAAGAAACCAGUGUUCAUCGUCAGCUGAAACAAUUUGCUGAAGAGCAACCGAUCGGAGAACAUGAGACUUCAGAUCUAACUCUACCAUCCGACAACGGAGAAUCGGAUUCUGGUCAUUUUUCAAACUCACAGCAGAAAUUAGGUUUGGACGGGGUUGGCGCUACAUAUUUGCUAAAUAAUUAUAAUGAAACUUUCAUCCAUCGUCAGUUUGAGCAAUUCAUUAGAGAAUGGCUGACCGAACAAGAUGAAAUUUCAAUUUCAGACCUUUUAAUGAACAGUGGGUUAGCAAAUUCAUGUUUAACUCCAUUCCCACGCUGGAGGCCAGGUGGAGGGUGUGGUGAUAAGCAACUGGAUUUUAUGGAUUUGCAAACUGAACUUGAAAAUCCCUGCAUUUACCGUCAGCUGGAACAAAUCGUUAGGGGAUGGCUACCUGAACAGGAUGAAGUUUCGAAUCCGUCCUCAUCAUUCGACAGCAAGGGUUCGAGUCACUAUUUCGGUAUGAGCCUACGGCCGGGUUGUGUUCAAGAUUCAAGGUCAAGUUCGGACUGUGAACAAGAUUGGAGCCGACAAUCGGAUUCUGAUCCAAGCCUGAGCUUGCUCACGGAUUGUGACCAAGGUCAGAACUUCCCCGUGAAUUGCAGUCAAACUUCGGGUAUCCGCUCGGACUAUGGUCAGAGUUUGAGUUUAAACUGGAGUUCAAGCGCAAAGCAGACUACUGUAGAACUUGAUGACACUGAUUCGGUAGUUGCAGCUGAGCGAAUGCCGAUUUCCAGGCAACUGGAACAUUUCACUGUAGGCUGGUUGGCCGAAACCCCUAAUCCUAUCCUAUCAUCUGACGCAAAAUCAAAUGUCCAGCAAAAUUUGUGCUCAGGCACGAAAGCAGAUGCGGAUCAAGGCAUCAUGAAAUUUGAUUUGACUGAUAUGGCUUUUGGAUCUGAUACCACUUUUGUUACAGCCAGAACGGCAGUGUCUUUUACGAGCUUCGAUUUUUGUCCUAAUUACUGGGAUUUAAGAGGCUCAAAAUCACGAAAAAUAUUACGAACCGGUCCGGGCUCUGUAUUUGAUCAGCUCACAGAACAGCAACCACCUGCUACGAUGAAAGGUGUACACCCGAUAAGCAACCAGUUCGAAGCUGCUGCUUCUCACACCGUGGCACUGACACAGCAUAUCAAACUGUUUCAGAGUUGCGCCACGGAGCUACAUGAAACCGAUCACGUAAAACUGCCCCGAAGUGAUUUUCCAGCUAGAAAUUUUGCAUCGUUUUUUUCCACUCAGACGGGGUCUAGAUCUGUUCCAGAUUCACCACGAAAUUCAGGCGGUGAUGAAUAUGGACUGGGUGCAUUUUUCUCACGAACAUCCGCCGAUGAUGAAUCUGGAUCAGAUUUAUUUUCCUCGCAAAUCUUUGCCAGAGAUAAUGAAGCAGGGGCGAGCGCUCAGCAAAACCUUAUCGUUGACAGAAUUGCAUCAAACUUGCUUCUCGGUGGCCCAUCUGGCUGUAAUUUCCAGUCAAAGUUGCCCGAAGACAAAGUACCAGGAAAACUGGGAAGCGAGCUUCUAAAUUCUCCAGGUUUGGAGCACGUUGAAAUUUGUAGAGCUGACUUAACUGGGUCACAGCGGUUUCAGACUCAAAAUUCACCAGCUUCUCGACUGGUUUCUCCUCCAACUACAUUUUCAGGCAAUUUUACCGUAGAUGCUUCUCAGUUCCCAGACAAAGUCGGCGAUUCAGAUUCGACGUCAACAAGUAGCGAAGCGACUCGUUUUAAAGGAUUCACUUGUGGAGUAUGCAGCCAAGAACUCAAAUUCAAACUCUUCGGCUGCUUCAGAAAGCACCUUAACAGUCACAACAAGAGAGGAGAAUAUCGUUGUAAUUGGCUUCAUUGUGGUACUACAUUUGAUAAUCGCCAUAUACUCGAACGCCAUUACCUGGACCACUUGCUGGAGUAUGACUUACACAGAUGUGCAGAAUGUGGAAGGAUUUUCGACUCCGCUCCUUUUUUAAAUGCACAUACAAAUGCAGUGCACUUGGUAAAAAAAAGUCAGUUUUGUUUACGAAAAUCUAAAGCGUUUUACAUUUCCAUAGCUCGUUGA